AUGGCUUCGACAAAAUCGCCCCCCACCUCCCUGUUCCAGGUGUACCUUCGCCUGCGGCCUCCUAUGUCCCAGCACGAAGAGGAACAGGCUGAGCGUUGUUUGACCAUCGAGAUCCCAGAGCAUGUAUACACAGCCGAAGGCGACGACCAAAAUGUCCCGCCUACGCAUAUCACUCUACAGCCUCCCAGCGACUCCCGGAAGCGCGCCGUCGAGAAGUUCGGGUUCACACAAGUCUUCGACGAGUCCGCCUCUCAGUUGGGCGUCUUCGAGGGCACGGGACUGGAGAAUUUGAUAAAGGGUGUUUUGUCGGAAGGACGCGAUGGCCUGGUCGCGACGCUGGGCGUCACGGGUAGUGGAAAGAGUCAUACCAUUCUGGGCUCCAAGACGCAGCGAGGUAUCACCCAGAUGAGCUUGGAUGUGAUCUUCCGGUCCCUCGCUUCGACGAUCAGACCCCUCGACAACUUUAUCAGCCCCCUUCUCUUGUCCUCUGUCGCCGCCGCCGAUGCCUCUGAAGCCCAGAUCUUUAGUGCGCAGACGUUCCUCGAAGCUGUAUACGGUGAAUCGGUCGAUCGUGGCAGGAGUCCCAGGCCUCAGACCCCAAUGAGUGCCGGACGAGCGCAAACCCCCAUGGCGGUACGGAGCCCUUUCCCCCAACCUAUAUUGCACCCCACCCCAAGGUCUCGAGUGCUGGUCCCUACAAGCUGUCAAUUGCCCGCUGCGUAUGAUCCGCGGAUAACCUCGAAGCCGGCCCUUGGCGGUUCCCCCACCCCUGGUCUGCCGAAUCCCCUCUUCAUUCGGUACGGUAGCAAGACGCCGGAUCGGAAGCAGCAAGGAUCCCAUUUGACAACCCUACACGGACGUUGGAAUCGCUACAAAACAUGUUGUGCUAACUCACCCUCUCUUGCUUCAAAGGAACCCAUGCCGGCGCUCAUCUUUCCCCGUCGUCAAAUGCCCUUGCGCGCUAGCGCCCUCCCCCGAUCGCCCGACGUGAGCCAUCUUACGAUGGAGCUGAACCCACACUCGGAAUACGUGGUUCUGGUCUCAAUGUAUGAAGUGUACAACGAUCGUAUCUUUGACCUUCUGUCACCGGCUACCAUCCCUGGGCAAGGAAGCACAAUGACUCGCCCGGGAGGUGGGCAGAAGGACCGCCGCAGACCGCUAUUCUUCAAGUCGACGGAGGGAUCGCCUGACAGGAAGGUCGUUGCGGGCCUGCGGAAGAUCGCAUGCUGCACUUACGAAGAAGCUUUGUCGGUUUUGGAGGUUGGACUUACUGAGCGAAAGGUUGCAGGCACCGGUGCCAAUAGCGUCAGUUCCCGCAGUCAUGGAUUCUUCUGUCUGGAGGUCAAAAGAAGAAUGCGCAACAAGAGAACCGGCGAAGAAACAUGGAUGGGAAACACACUCACAGUGGCCGAUUUAGCCGGGUCCGAGCGCGCAAGAACUGCGAAGACGGCAGGAUCUACCCUUGCGGAGGCAGGCAAGAUUAACGAGAGCUUGAUGUAUCUUGGACAAUGUCUACAGAUGCAAAGCGAUAUUCAGGAAGGCAACAAGGCGAUUAUGGUCCCAUUUAGGCAAUGCAAGCUCACAGAGCUGCUCUUUUCGAACUCUUUCCCGUCGCCUGGUCAGGCUUUUGGCCAGUUCCGCCACCCGCAGAAAGCCAUCAUGAUUGUGACGGCUAACCCAUGGGGAGACUACAAUGCGACCUCGCAAAUACUCCGCUACUCCGCUUUGGCACGCGAAGUUGCUGUGCCCCGAGCCCCAUCGGCGACAGAGUCCAUCUUGUCCAGCACUCUCGAAUCUCGUCAUGGCUCUUUUGGCGGACGUGAGUCGACGAAUUCAGUCGCGGCCGAAGAAUUGGAGAAGGCAGCCGCUGAGAUCGAGCGACUCCGAGCCGAGAAUGAGAACCUUUCAGUGAGACUCGCCGAGGAAGAGAUCGUGAGAACGGACUUGGCCAUGAGAUUGAAAGCAAGCGAAGAGAUGUGUCUCACUAUCGAGCAAGAUGUGCGUGAGGAAUGUUGGAACGAGAUGGACGAGAGGAUGGAAGAAGAGAGACGCCGGUGGCAGAACGCUUGGGACGAGCAGACUGGCCAUAACGAAGAGCACUUGGAUAAGAAGCUUGAGUUGUUUUCUCGGGGCUUCCAGAUCUACGAAGACCCCAACACAACCAACAAUGAGCGCAUGGAGGAGCUCGAGUUCGAGAACGAGCAGCUGCGCAAGAAGGUCGCCGCGCUGGAGCGCGAGCUCACUUGCCGAUCGCCCACCAAGAAGACCAGAGCCAAGACCACCACGACCACCACGACCACCACGACGCUCGAGCCCUCCCGCAACUCCAACAUCCUGGGCCGGGAGAGCGAUAUCGAGAAUGCCUUGAAGCGCAUGGACCAGCUGAAACUGGCCGACAGUAUGUUCUCGCCAGCCCCGCAGCAGCUUUCGUCUCCUGGCAAGAAACAUCGCAAGAUGGCCACCAGGAAAUGGGACUUGGCUCCGGAGGAGGACAUUUACUAA